GGGGAAUAUAUAAGCUCCACAGUCACUGGGUCUGCUCAUAAUUUGCUCAGGGUCUUCAGGCUGAUUUCAGAAGCAUCUGCAAGUUUGAGUGUCUUCUCUGGACGUCCUCACGCACCACAAUGUUAAAGCUCCUGUUCUUGGCUGCGCUCUGUGCCAGCUGCGUGGCAAGACCUGGCGUGAUGCAUUACUCAUUCGAUCCUGCAGUUGGACCUGGUAGUGGUACGUCCUUUUCCUCUGCAGGGUCAGGGGGAAGGAUCACAGCAGUCAGGGUUUGGGAGGCCACCAAUGCUUACAUCACUGGUAUCCAGGUACGAUAUGAUUACAUCUGGUCUAGAGUUUUUGGACGUGUUUACAGCACUGCGCAUGAGCUGAAUCUGUUUGAUGGAGAGGUCAUAGUUCAGGUGUCUGGAAAAUACCACACCAACUACAUUUAUCAGCUGACAUUUGUGACCUCUAGAGGGCGCUCGAUGAUCGCUGGCCAACCAUACCAGCUCUCAUUUAAUUUCUACACACGGUACGAAGAUGCAGAGCUCAUACUCCUGAGUGGGCGCUACAAUUCUGCUGGAAUUACUUCACUGGCAGCUCACUGGGGAGUUGCCUCCCAGAACACCACUGACACAAGCAUGUGUAGCUGUUCUGGGAUGCAAGGCCUUGGUUCUUUCUUGCUUAAGGGGUCUAAAGCUCACUCUGGAGAUUUGGGUCUUAACAUGCCUGCAGUUGAGAGUCAACCUGAUUUUGCCACGUGUCUUCUCUGGACGUCCUCACACACCACAAUGUUAAAGCUCCUGUUCUUGGCUGCGCUCUGUGCCAGCUGCGUGGCAAGACCUGGCGUGAUGCAUUACUCAUUCGAUCCUGCAGUUGGACCUGGUGCUGGCACGUCCUUUUCCUCUGCAGUGUCAGGGGGAAGGAUCACAGCAGUCAGGGUUUGGGAGGCCACCAAUGCUUACAUCACUGGUAUCCAGGUACGAUAUGAUUACAUCUGGUCUAGAGUUUUUGGACGUGUUUACAGCACUGCGCAUGAGCUGAAUCUGUUUGAUGGAGAGGUCAUAGUUCAGGUCUCUGGAAAAUACCACACCAACUACAUUUAUCAGCUGACAUUGGUGACCUCUAGAGGGCGCUCGAUGAUCGUUGGCCAACCAUACCAGCUCUCAUUUAAUUUCUACACACGGUACGAAGAUGCAGAGCUCAUACUCCUGAGUGGGCGCUACAAUUCUGCUGGAAUUACUUCACUGGCAGCUCACUGGGGAGUUGUCUCCAAGAACACCACUGACAAUGCCGAAUAAUAAUAAU